UUCUUUUACUUAUUAAUUUUUUUUUUCAACGUGCAAAAUAUUUUCUCUGCAAAUUUCGUACCAACGAAGGCGAUCAACGGAACUUUCCUCUGGAAUUCCACAGACAGGAGGAUCCAAUCUUUCUCUCAGGAAUCGCUGAUGGCUUCAAAGCGGAUCUUGAAGGAGCUCAAGGAUCUCGAGAAGGAUCCUCCUACCUCUUGCAGUGCUGGUCCUGUUGGUGAGGACAUGUUUCAUUGGCAAGCAACAAUCAUGGGUCCUCCGGAUAGUCCCUACACCGGUGGAGUUUUCCUUGUUACCAUUCAUUUUCCUCCGGAUUACCCAUUCAAACCUCCUAAGGUUGCUUUCAGGACAAAAGUAUUCCAUCCUAAUAUCAACAGCAACGGAAGCAUAUGCCUCGACAUAUUGAAGGAGCAAUGGAGCCCUGCACUAACAAUUUCUAAGGUCUUGCUUUCCAUUUGUUCGCUAUUGACGGACCCCAACCCCGAUGACCCUUUGGUGCCCGAAAUUGCGCAUAUGUAUAAAACCGACCGGGCAAAGUAUGAGGCCACAGCAACAAGUUGGACUCAGAAAUUCGCCAUGGGGUAACCAACGUUCUGGUAUGGAUGACACAAAUUCAUCCUCUUCUUACCUUGAAAAACUAUAUUUUUUACAUUUUUAUGUAUGAAAUUGUCUGAUUGAUCUGUGAAAACAUACAUCUUUGGCUUUGUGUCUGAAGAAAAAUGGCAGGCACAUGCUGAUUCAAAAUGUUUGUAUGUAAUUGAUCCACCAUGUAUAUUAUCAUUAUUAUUUUUAUUAUUAUCUAUUAUAUUUACUUUCGAAUACUAUUUAUCUA